CUCCUUCCCCACUUCCUGACCUUGGACUCAGCAUUACGACUUGCUUUGGUCCUGCUUGGUCUCGUGCCUCUGCUUUUGCAAUGAAAAAUGCCCAAACUAGCCUGCUGGAGGGUGACAGACUUGUGGAACAGAGUCAAGUCAUCUGAGUCCUCCUGACCAAGCCCAGCCUCCAUCAGCUGUCUGCUGAGCAAAUUCCAGACAGGAUGCGACGUAAUGAUGAAGUUUCCAGAGUCUUGGAUGAACUGUGGAGACUGUUACGUGCAAGAGAACCCCUCUGAAUGAAUCUUGUAUCCGUGGAACAGUGCUUGCUGAACUCUUUACCCCGAGGAAACUACUGCAGAAGACAGGGAGAACCAAGACACACUCAAGGACGUGAUUGUCUAGGAGGGACUGAAAGAUGGAAAAACAGAACCCUUCAGUGCAAAGAACAGGUGCACGAGAUUCAAGGCACUCACAUAAUGAUGGAGGAUCAGGGGUGGCUUCAUGGAUGAGAACGCUUGCAGAGACUUCCAGAGCUAUUGUUUAAUGGGAUGCAAGCCUGCUGCUUUUAGCGUUUUGACCGGGAGAUCCUCUCUUGGAGUUCAGAGUGCUUGGGGCUCUGAUGGGCCCUCUUCUUGUCCUCUUAGGGAGAGACAAAGUCAACCCAUGUCUGUAAAUGCGUGCUCAGAGAGUAAGGAAAAGGGGUGAUGCAAAGCUGUUGUUCUAGAUUGUCUGGAACCUGGGUAGAUAUUUAAAAGUAUUGUGGAGGGACUGAAGAGGACAGAGAAUAGGAAAGUCUAGCAGGGGUUUGAGUUUAAGAAUCACUCUGCCUUUCCGGCGGUGACGACCUCCUCACGAGAACAUGCCUCUCGCAAAGGAUCUUCUUCAUCCCUCUCCAGAAGAAGAGAAGAGGAAACACAAGAAGAAGCGCCUGGUGCAGAGCCCCAAUUCCUAUUUCGUGGAUGUAAAAUGCCCAGGAUGCUAUAAAAUCACCACCGUCCUUAGCCAUGCACAAAUAGUACUUUUAUGUGCUGGCUGCUCUCCUGUCCUCGGCCAGCCUACAGGAGGAAAAGCAAGGCUUACAGAAGGAUGCUCUUUCAGACGGAAGCAGCAUUAA